GACGAUGAUGAUGAUGAAGAUGGGGGAGAUGAUUGGACACACCUGUGUGCACCGCAGCACGUGCGUAGUUCUGUUGCCCUCGAGCUCUUAGUAGAGGGUCUCCUAGUUUUGACAGUUUUCAUUGUUUAUAAUGGGAAAACCAAUGCUGAAGUCAGCUUCCCUUCCUUACGUUCACACGGUCAUUUUACUGCUGCUGGUCACCGACAGCUGCCCGCUGGUUGGAACCUCCAUGGCCGCCUCCAGCGCGCUGCGCAGCCUGGAUGACUUCACCUACCCGUACGACAGCAUCCUCUUCCCGCUGCUCAGAGCCCUGUCAGAGCACGGAGGGUCCAGGUGGAACCCGGGCCUGAAGAGAAACAUGAAACCCGAGCACAGGUACAUGAAAUAUCUGACGGAAAUUUACAAGAAGUCCUCCAGAGUGCAGAGGAGUUUGGACGGGGAUAAUAUCUACAACACAGUCCGCCUGAUCAAGCCUCAAGACGAAUGUGUUGCACCAGGUAAUAAAGAGAGUUUCACGCAGGAUCUUUCUUACAGCCUUGAUCAAGUAAAAAGAAAAGAACAGCUUCUAAAGUCGGCUCUGCUGUACAACUUCGACCAGGCAGCACCUGUCGACUCUGUGUGCUACCUGAGUAUCAAGGAGCAGGAGCACUCAAAUCAGUGUCAACUGUGUCCUGCAAUCCAGUAUGCUCUGAACUUCACAGCCACCACAGACCAGAAGAGCAGAAGGAACUGGGUGGAGGUCGACGUCACCUCGUUUCUUCGGCCUCUCUUGAAGUUUCAGAAGAAGAACAUAAACCUGCUCAUCAAUGUCACCUGCCCGGAUGAACAAAGAGCCGGGCAUGACGGGGGUAAAGGCUCCCUGAAGUUCAUCCUGAGGUCCCCUCCUCUGCUUCUGUAUCUCAGUGACACCGGUAAAAUGGCCCACCAGAGGUUACUGGACAACGGGUCAAAAGCAGGCCAAAAGCCAGCCAGUGCAGCCAACACAUUUCAUGAGCAAAAUGUUUUCAAAGCAGAGAAGAGGAUUGGGCUGAAGAGGCGAUGGAAGAGGGAAUCUUCAAAGAGCAAACGAGGUGAUAAAAGUCUGGAUAUCCACCUGCCGGAGCUGCUUCCCAGCUCUGAAUUCCCAACGAGUGACUGUGCCCUGUAUGAUUUCAGAGUGCGAUUUAGCCAGCUCAAACUGGAUCACUGGAUUGUUUUUCCACCGAAGUACAACCCCAGGUACUGCAGAGGCCCGUGCCCGAGGACCAUGGGCUUCAUCUACGGUUCACCUGUCCACACCAUGGUGCAGAACAUCAUCUAUGAGAAGCUCGACUCCUCUGUGCCCCGGCCCUCGUGCAUCCCCUCCCAUUACAGCCCCCUGAGUGUCAUGAUCUUUGAAGAGGAUGGCUCGUAUGUGUACAAAGAGUUUGAAAACAUGGUCGCCACCAGGUGCACAUGUCGCUAGGUGGACUCUAUCCAUAUAUGAGAUACUGUGACCAGGCUCAGUGAUUCCAAGUAUUUAAAAAAACAUUGUGCAUGAAAGAAGUUUGAUCUGGAGCAGGUGUGUUUACUUGAAGUAUUUUUAUCCUAAUGAAAAUGUGGAAAGGUGACAUGUAUUUACUUUUAUUUGAGGGGCGACAAGAAAGGGUGCCAGUGCAUCCUGUUCUUCAACUUACUGUAAGCAACAUAGUAUUGAGUCCGACACACUUGAGGAAGAAAUUUAGUAGGAUUUUUUUAGUUAUUUUCUGUUAACUUAUUUUGGGUGUGUUGUCUGUCAUUAUUAUUUAAUUUAACAUAGUUGCCAAGUUUUAAGUAGCCCUGUUCUGGAGAAAAGAUGAAAACGCAGUCACAAGCACUUAUCAAACCUUUUUACAUAUCGUUUUAUUACUGGGAAUUAGAGACAGCUCUCUAUGUGGCAGCAGUCUUCAUAAUGUCCAGAAUGAAAGUUGUCAAGGUUUCAGUGUGUAUUUAUUACUUCUGGUCACUGAGUGACUGUAUCCGUAUGAAAAUGACUGCAUACUUAAUGAAUUUGUACUGGUUGAAUGUGACUAAAUGCAUCUCAUGUCUAUUUAUGCAAAUUGAAUGAAUUCACUGCGUGCCUGUGCUCAGCUUACGGAUAUUGAAAAUAUGUACAUAUUAUCGAAGAAGUUCGAAAAUAAAAAAAAAAAGUAACGUGCAAAAAUAUUGUCUGGCUGAAAAAUAUCACGAAAAUCUCUCAGACUUUGAGUAAGACUUU